GUUUAUAAAGAAAAGGAUCACGCAGCAGCUGACACAGAUUGACUAGACUCACAUCAACGUCUCUACGGCUGUCAGCGGACAGAGACCAACCAAAUAAGAUUUAAGGGCGUUUUGGAGUCAUAAUGGGGAAAGACUACUACGACGUUUUGGGGAUUAAGAAGGGGGCAUCAGAAGACGAGAUAAAGAAAGCAUAUCGCAAACAAGCGCUUAAAUACCACCCAGACAAAAACAAGUCACCAGGAGCAGAGGACAAAUUCAAAGAAAUAGCCGAAGCUUAUGAUGUUUUGAGCGAUCCUAAGAAAAAAGACAUCUACGACCGUUUUGGUGAAGAAGGUCUCAAGGGUGGUGGACCCACGGGUGGCAGUGGAGGUCCAGGCACCUUCAGCUAUACUUUCCAGGGAGAUCCUCAUGCUAUCUUUGCAGAGUUCUUUGGUGGGCGUAACCCAUUUGAACAGUUCUUUGGUGCUCGAAAUGGUGGCAUGGAUGAGGACAUGGACACUGAUGACCCGUUUAGCCGAUUUGGGAUGGGGGGGAUGGGUGGGAUGGGGGGUGGGGGAAUGGGGGGCUUCCCUCGCUCCUUCAGCAGUGGCAUGGGCGGCCAUACUAGUGUUGUGAAGAAACAUCAGGACCCCGCUGUGGUCCAUGACCUACAGGUCACUCUAGAGGACGUGUUGUCUGGUUCUACAAAGAAAAUGAAAAUCACAAGAAAAAGACUGAAUCCUGACGGCCGAUCAGUGAGGAAGGAAGACAAAAUCCUGGAGGUGCAGAUCAAGAAAGGGUGGAAAGAAGGCACCAAAAUCACAUUUCCCAAAGAAGGAGAUGAGACUCCAACCAACAUUCCAGCAGACAUAGUGUUUGUGUUAAAGGACAAGCCUCACCGUCUGUUCAAACGGGACGGCUCAGACAUUAUCUACACAGCCAAAGUCUCACUCCGAGAUGCUCUCUGCGGUUGCACAGUCAGCGCCCCCACGCUUGAUGGCAGAACAAUCCCAGUAACAAGCACUGACAUUGUCCAUCCCGGGAUGAAGCGGCGCAUUAACGGUGAGGGUCUGCCUUAUCCCAAACGGCCGGAGCGCAGAGGAGACCUUAUUGUGGAGUAUGAGGUGAAGUUUCCUGAAAGGCUCAGUCAGGGCGCCCGGGACACCAUUGCACAGGUGCUCCCCCGCUCCUAACCGGGACAUAUGGAACUUUACAUUAAGCUGCCAGCAGUUUGUGAUGCACUUCAGUCAAUGAAAGACUCUUUCAAGCAUUCAGUGCUAAUGUA